AUGAAUCCGGAAAGCGAAAUCCAAGUCAUAAAACAGAGAGAAGGUCAAAUUAAUAAAGGGAUUGAAGGUCAAAAACAACAAAUGAAUAAGGAAGCAUUGGAAAAAUUCCUUACUGGCAAUGU